AUGUGGCAACAAUGCACUUGUGCAUUUGGUGAACUCCAGAACCACAGAAAUUAUGGGUUAGAAAACUCUCCAAAACUUAAAUGGAUUACAAAGCACAGAUCUCGUUUUAAAACCAAACUGAUUAAAUCCUUUACACAAGCCAUAAUUAAUGGUGCAAUGAUUGAGUCUAACGUGAGUCGGAGUUGCGAGUGGUGCGCUGGAGGAGGUGACGGGACCGGCGCGCACUUGGAUGAAAAUCACUCAGACCACAGUCUGAGCCCGACAGGACACUUGAUAGUCGCAGUGUGCCUUGGAUUCAUCGGAACUUUCGGUUUUCUCAACAACACGCUCGUGCUCGUCCUGUUCUGUCGCUACAAAGUGCUUCGCUCGCCUAUGAACUGUCUUCUGAUCAGCAUCUCAGUGAGCGAUCUGCUGGUCUGCGUCCUCGGCACUCCGUUCAGCUUCGCCGCCAGCACGCAGGGUCGCUGGCUCAUCGGGCGCGCGGGAUGCGUGUGGUACGGUUUCAUCAAUUCAUUCCUGGGCGUCGUGUCUCUAAUCUCUCUGGCGGUUCUCUCAUACGAGCGUUACUGCACCAUGAUGGGCUCCACACAGGCCGACUCCACCAACUACCGAAAAGUGGUCAUAGGCAUUGCUUUCUCCUGGAUUUAUUCCAUGGUUUGGACUCUUCCGCCACUGUUCGGAUGGAGCUGCUACGGUCCGGAGGGUCCCGGCACCACCUGCAGUGUCAACUGGGCCGCGCGGACACCCAACAACGUGUCUUACAUUGUCUGUCUGUUUGUCUUCUGCCUUAUUCUCCCUUUUAUCGUGAUUGUCUACAGCUACGGCAGACUCCUUCAGGCUAUCACACAGGUGAGCAGGAUCAAUACGGUGGUGAGUCGUAAACGGGAGCAGCGUGUGCUCUUCAUGGUGGUCACCAUGGUUGUCUGUUACCUGCUUUGCUGGUUGCCGUAUGGGAUAAUGGCGCUGCUGGCUACGUUCGGGCAUCCUGGACUGGUUACACCAGCAGCCAGCAUCGUUCCUUCUCUGUUAGCCAAAAGCAGCACCGUCAUAAACCCAAUCAUCUACAUCUUCAUGAACAAACAGUUUUGCAGAUGUUUCCAUGCGCUCAUCAUGUGCACCACCCCAGAGAGAGGCUCCAGCUUUAAAAACUCUUCCAAAGUCACCAAAACUCUCAGGACAGUGCGACGUGCCAAUGGCCAGAAUGUGACCUUCGCUGUGGCAUCGGCCGUCCAUCGAACUCCGAACAGUGACAGACAGAAAAGUUCCUCGGAGGGUGAGAAACUCCCUCUAGCUAUGGGUCAGGGCACCAGCAAACCUGUUGUCUCUCUUGUGGCCUAUUACAACGGCUGAGGUUGUACAGUCGAGCAAACUUUGGGGUAUUAGAGUUGACCAAAAUCAUGGAUCGUGUUAAAAGGUAAUACAACUGGAAAGUGGGCGUGUCUUGCAGAGCAGUAUGGAUCAUUGCCAUGCCCCCUCUGGCCACACCCAUCGCUGGCAGUCAUGCCAUGUUGCAUGCACAGCAUAUGAAAAGAAUGGACACUGAAUAUGUACAGGAGAAAGGGAUGGCACUACUUUCGUACAUGGAUCUGAUUGUUUGCUGAUGCUUCUUAUAAGUCCAGAUUGUAAAUGUGCUCUCGGAUUGUGGCGUGUUGACUCUCUCUUUGAAACUGAGCAUAAGCCGUUUUGUAUUUUUCUUCAUCAAGCACAGUUUCUUUCUGGUGUUUGACAACCACUCUAGAAGAGAUU